GCGUGCGCGUGCGCGUGGCAUACCGCACACGGGGCUCGCGCAAGACAAUAGAAUUACGCGAUUGUUCGGCGUUUGAGCCGCCCGCGCGCUCCUCGGGAGUACGCCGAGAUCGGCGCGGUUGUUAAGAAACGACCUGCGUUUAGGAGUGUGUGCGUGUGUGUGUGCGCGCGCGCGCGUGUGUGUGUUUCUCUUCUUCGCUCAUCUCGUGGAAACCCGUGAAGUCGUGGAGCCACUUGAAGCCCGACGACGCCCCCCUCGCCGCAAACUGGCCAAUAGCAGCCGAGAGGCAGAGUUGUCCUCCUGGCCGCCAUUAAAGAAUCCAAUCCAUGAAUUGAAAUAAUGGAAAUCUGCGGGAGCCAUGGAUCGGCGAGAAAGGAGUAGCCGAUGAUCCAAUUCCGCGAGUUUACGGCUUUUUUUUGGGGGGGACAGUUUUUAUUACGUCAGAGCGUUGCGUCGGUUUGGGCGAUCGGGGGGGGGGCGGCGUAGCUAAUUGUUCUAUUUAGCUGGCUAGCUAAACGCUGGGGUCGCUGGUAUGUUAGCUUGCGCGCUAGCAGGCUAGCAGAGAGAGAGAGGGGGAGAGAGAGAGAGAGACACACACACACACACACACACACCAGGGGGAGGGGAGAGUUCCUCCGCUCCGAAAUCGCUUCAGAUCGACUGGCUAGCGUUAGCGUUAGCUCGCUAGCGAGGUGAAGUUUCCCCCCCCCCCCCCUUGGCUAGCGACCUCCUGUUAUUUCCAUCUCGCGCACAGCGCCAUUGUUGUCUCGCCGACGCUAAGAGCGGCUGGCUGGCGUCAACGCCGACGUCGCCCGUCCGAAGUUAAGGACAUGUAGCGUCGAGCCUGUCGAUAGGUUAACCCAGCGACGCCGGACAACACGCUUCCACCGGAAUCGGAACAGCGAUAGGCUUCGCGAUUGACGGCGGUCUUGCCCCGAUGCUAGCCUAGCCGUCGAGCUAGCGUCGGCUAGCGCCGGUCGGAAGUCGAUCCCGUGUUCAGGCCGACGCGCGCUAGCCGCGGCUAGCGAGUCGCCAGCGUCUGAGUUUCGGUUGGGUGGUGGUGUUGGGGGGGUGGGGGUGCAUCUCGUGAAAGAGCGCAGAGCUUCGCCAACAUUAGUUUGUCGCCCGUCGCGGCGACUGAGACAAUGGGACGCGCCGCGGCUGCCACGCAGUGAAGAGGAUGAGUUCGUGCUGCGUACCCAACGGGGCCAGUUUGGAGGACUGCCACUCCAACCUGUUUUGCUUGGCCGACUUGACUGGCAUUAAAUGGCGACGUUUCGUGUGGCAGGGGCCCACCUCCUCGCCCAUCCUUUUCCCUGUGACUGAGGAGGACCCUAUCUUAUGUAGCUUCAGCCGAUGCUUGGCGGCAGAUGUGCUGAGUGUGUGGAGGAGGCAUCACACGCCGGGGCGCAGAGAACUCUGGCUCUUCUGGUGGGGGGAUGACCCCAGUUUUGCAGAACUCAUCCAUAAUGAGCUCUCAAGUGAGGAGGAUGGCGAGUGGGAAAGCGGGCUGUCAUAUGAAUGCCGCACCCUCCUGUUCAAAGCCAUCCAUAACCUCUUGGAACGCUGUCUCAUGAACCGUGGCUUUGUCCGCAUCGGCAAGUGGUUCGUUAAACCCCACGAGAAGGAGGAGAAGCCCAUCAAUAAGAGUGAGCAUCUGUCAUGUGCCUUCACCUUCUUCGUGCACGGCGACAGCAAUGUGUGCACCAGCGUGGAGAUUGCCCAACAUCAGCCUGUCCAGCGACUGAGUGAAGAGCACCUUAGUCUAGCCCAGCAGAGCUCCAGCCCCUUGCAAGUCAUCCUGAGCCCCUAUGGUUUGAAUGGGACUCUGACGGGACAGGCCUUUAAGAUGUCGGACCAUCCCACGCAGAAGCUCAUAGAGGAAUGGAGACAGUUUUAUCCCAUCAGCCCCAGCCCCAGGGAAGUCCAAGAGGACAAGAUGGAUGAUGUGGACUGGGAGGACGACUCAUUGGCUGCCGUGGAAGUCCUCGUGGCGGGAGUGAGGAUGGUGUACCCAGCCUGCCUGGUGCUUAUCCCUCUGUCAGACCUCCCUGCUGUGGUUCCUCAGGGCUCAGCCAACACCUCAGGCAACCUUUGUGGAACCCAGCAAGGCCAGGCUGCUCACAGAGACCCCGCCAUGUCCUCUGUCACUCUUACUCCUCCGACAUCGCCAGAAGAAGCUCAGACCGAUUGUCAGCCUGCCCAGAGGUGGUUGAAACUGUCAUCUGCAUCUGAUGGCUACAGCUCCAACAGUGGUGGUCUCCAUGGAGGCAAGAUCCCUCACAGACUGGCCAGCCAGGUGGUGGAGUCUGUAUGGCAGGAGUACAACAUCAACCGUGCUGAGAACAAGAGAAAAUUUUCUACCUUAACAAAUGGGACCUGUGAAGAGCAGGCAGAAAAAUCAGGUCUUUGGGACUUUGUGGAGCCCACUCACAGGGCACAUUGUAAUUGCUCAAGGUAUAAGAAUCAGAAGCAACGAUCUUGCAGCAUCUCAGGACACCCCCCUUCAUCAGGCCAGCCCCCUCAGCCAGCCCCCAAGCACAAGCUGGGAGAGAAGCUAGAGAAGGGGGAAAAGCAGCAGAAGAGACCCCAGACACCAUUUCAUCACCGCAGCUCUGUGAGCGAGGAGCUCUCCUUAGAGCCUCAGGCCCAGAGGCUCUGUCUGCGAACGCAGGAGGAGGGCUCCUACCCCAGCCUGCACCAUGUGGACAUGGCCCCCUCCAAAGCUCCAACACUGCACACCCAUGGGCCCCCAGCUGACCUGGCCGGCUCUCCCCAGCCCCCUCCUCUCAGUCCCCAUCCCUGUGACCAGGUAGAGACUGAGCCAGGUGCCCUGAAAAGCUCUUCCACGCCCAUUCACCAGCCUUUUUACCCCCCAUCGGUGGAGCCCUGCCUGCUGCCUCAGAAGGCCUCCUCCGAGGAGCCCCACCUGGAGCCCAUGCCUGUGUCUCUGCCCUUCCCCCCAGCCUACACUGAGGCCCUGGAACCCACCGUUUUUGUGGGUUCAGCCAUCAACCCCAAUGAAGAUUCCACCCACAACCCCUGGAAGUAUUUCAACCUGCCCAGAAAGAAGGGAUCAGAUUUCUUCACACCUCAACUGCCUAUGGACAGAAUACGAGACGACGUAGGAGGAGGGGCUGGAUCAGAGAGUGUGGUGUCUGUCACUGAGUUGAUGUCGAGCUCCACACGGCCCCUGAAGGUAUCUCAGGAGCUGGUUAAGACGUAUGCCCAACGGAGAAAUAGCCAUUUAGUCUCCGCCACGGGGGACAGCGAGCACAGUGAAGAGCCGGACCCUUACGCCUUUGUGGAAGGAGAUGAGGAAUUUAGCUUCACAGAGAAGAAGGAAAAGCCUGGGGCGGAGAGAGAGGCUAGCAAGAAACACAAGGGGGAUGAUGCAAUUGGAACUUCAGCUGAUGAUGGCCAAGGGUCAGGCAGCAAACCUUCAGCCUCCACCAGUCUCAUUCAUGAGAAUGACCUGGCCGUGUCUUUCAGUGACCUUGAUAAAAUCUUCAACUCUGACGAAGAUGAGCUUGCGCCUGGGUCUAGAAGAGCUGGUGUUAGCACAGAGGACAAGUUUGGUUGCAAGGAAAACAAACCAGCAACCCUAGAUCCCCUGUCUUGCAUAAGCUCAGCAGACCUGCACCAGAUGUUUCCCACCCCUCCCUCUCUGGAGCAGCACAUCAUAGGCUACUCCCCCAUGAACACUGGGGGUAAGGAGUAUGGUAGUGUGGAGGCUGGAGCAGGCCUCACCCUGUUGGAUGGCAGCCAGCUAAGCAGCCACUAUAAGAUGGAGGUGGAGGAGGGUUUCUGCAGCCCGAAGCCUUUUGAAAUCAAGGACUACUCCUUUGUGUACAAGCCGGAAGCAUGUCAGUCAUUCAUAGGCUGCUCGAUGUAUGCUCCCCUGAAGACGCUGCCCAGCCAGUGUCUUAUGCCCAUCAAGCUUCCAGAAGACUGUGUGUACACACCCAGCUGGACGAUGGGCAAAAUGGAGCUCAUACCUCCUGUCCCGGCCAUGAGUCUCCUAACCAAAGACAGUAACAUCCCCAGUGUGGAGCCAGAGUACAGCCAGAGCUAUACACCACAGACCCACACACCGUUCAUGUCUAACAGUGCUCCACCCAGCAACAGCGGUGCGGGUAUCCUCCCCUCCCCAGCCACACCACGCUUCUCCGUCCCAACUCCUCGCACCCCACGCACCCCCCGGACACCCCGCGGCCCAUCCAGUGUCACAGGCUCGCUCAAGUACGACAACUCGGACCUCUACUCGCCCGCCUCUACGCCCUCCACCUGUCGACCACUCAGCUCGGUCGAGCCGGCCACCGUGCCCUCUAUCCCGGAGGCACACAGUCUCUACGUCACCCUGAUCCUUUCCGAGUCGGUCAUGAACCUCUUCAAGGACUGCAACUUCGACAGCUGCUGCGUGUGCGUGUGCAACAUGAACAUCCGGGGAGCUGACGUGGGUGUGUACCUCAAUGACAACGGGGAAGCCCAGUACCCCUGCACCUGUGGCUUCAGUGCAGUCACAAACCGGCGUUUCGGCCAGUCCGCCGGGCUCUUCCUGGAGGAUGAGCUGGACGUGGUGGGGCGGGGCUCAGACGCCAGCCGGGACACAGAGAGGUGCUUUGAAGAGCUGCGGGCUGCCUCCGUGCACACAGCUGGUAACCUGAAGGAGAAGCCUCCAGAUGAGCUCAUUCUGCUCCUGCAGGACCAGUGCACCAACCCUUUCGCCCCCAUGGCAGGUGUGGAUUAUCCCAUGCCUGUGAGCCCUGCCCCCAGAUCCUUCCUGCGAGUGGAGGAGAGAGACUGUUAUAACGACUGUUACAUGGCACUGGAGCAUGGCCGGCAGUUCAUGGACAAUAUGUCCGGGGGCAAGGUAGAUGAAACGCUGGUCAAAAGCACUUGUCUGCAUCAGUGGCCAAAACGCAAAUCAGCAGAUAUGAGCAAGCUGUUCUCUCAGGAUGUGCUACGGGUGCUGUUGUCCCUCCAGCCGGUGUUGCAGGAUACCAUUCAGAAGAAGAGGAGUGUUCGCUCCUGGGGCGUGCAGGGACCUCUCACCUGGCAGCAGUUUCACAAAAUGGCUGGCAGGGGAUCCUAUGGCACAGAUGAAUCCCCGGAGCCCUUACCCAUCCCUACCUUCCUGGUGGGAUACGAGUACGACUUCGUGGUGCUUUCUCCCUUUGGCUUGCCCUACUGGGAGAAGCUUCUCCUCGAUCCUUUUGGCUCCCAGAGGGACGUGGGAUACGUGGUUGUAUGCCCAGAGAAUGAGGCUCUGUUCCGAGGAGCCAAGACCUUCUUUAAGGAUCUGACUGCCGUGUAUGAGGCGUGCCAGCUCGGCCAGCACAGGCCCAUCUGUAAGACAUACCCCGAGGGUAUUUUGAAGGUUGGCACCAUAGAGGGUAGGAGCAUGAUGGAGCAGCCACUUAGUGACUGGUUCCUCAAGAUGACUGCCAGAGAUGGAAACAAUGAAGCCUUUAACAAGCUCAAACUCUUUGCUCAAGUGUGCCGCUACAACCUGGCCCCAUACUUGUCAGGCCAGUCUCUAGACAGCUCUCUGUUGUCCCAGCGGAGCCCCGCCGUGGUCUCCUCCUCCCAGACCUCUAGCUCCUCCAGCACCUCCUCAGGACCCCAGAGCACCAACACUACCAGCUCCAGCACCAGCUCUGCCCAGCCUGCCCAGGUCAACAGCACCCCUCCCUCGUCCUCCUCAGGCCCCCAGACUGUUGGGGGAAUGGCCUCGGCCAAGCCCAGCUCCUACACCCCCUUUGGGGCAGCAAACCUGCAAGGCAGCACGUCCCAAAACGGGCCGCAGUCAAAUACCCAAGGACCAGGGGGACUUGGAGAAAAUGGCCCUGCGGCCAACCAGCCUCAGGGCCCCGCCGAGACACCAGAGAGCACAAUGGAGCGGGACAAGGUUGGUAAGCCAACAGAUGGGGAGUCUCACGCAGUCUCCUACCCCCCAGCCAUCGUGGUGUACAUUGUAGACCCCUUCAGCUACGAAGACACAGACCGAGAAGUCCACUCCAGUGUCUACACUCUGGGUCUACUGCGCUGCUACCUGGAAAUGCUACAGUUCCUGCCGCCUCACAUCAGAAACGCUGUCUCAGUGCAGAUUGUUCCUUGCCAGUACUUAUUGCAGCCAGUGCACAGCGGAGAACGCCACCUUUACAGCCAGCACCUGAAGUCCCUUGCCUUCUCCGUCUUCACCCAGUGUCGCCGGCCUCUGCCUAAUUCCACCAAUUUCAAGGCUCUGACUGGCUUUGGCCCCGGUCUCGCCAUUGAUAUGGCACUCAAGAGCCCAGAGAGACCUGAGUGUCUUCGCCUGUACACGCCCCCCUUCAUCCUGGCACCGGUGAAAGACAAGCAGACGGAGCUUGGGGAGACAUUUGGUGAGGCCUCCCAGAAGUACAAUGUCCUGUUUGUGGGCUACUGCCUUUCUCAUGACCAGCGAUGGCUGUUGGCCUCUUGCACUGACCAACACGGAGAACUACUGGAGACUUGCAUCAUCAGCAUCGACGUACCAAACAGAGCUCGCAGGAAAAAGGGCUCUGCCAGGCGGUUGGGUCUGCAGAAGCUGUGGGAAUGGUGCCUUGGCCUGGUGCAGGUGACAUCUCUGCCCUGGAGGGUAGUGAUUGGACGGCUUGGCAGAAUGGGCUAUGGCGAACUGAGAGACUGGAGUAUUCUACUAAGUAGAAGGAACCUACAGUCCCUCAGUAAGCGGCUAAAGGAGACCUGCAAGAUGUGCGGCAUCUCGGCCGCUGACACCCCCAGCAUCCUCAGUGCCUGCCUGGUUGCCAUGGAGCCCCAGGGCUCAUUUGUCAUCAUGCCUGAUUCGGUGUCGACAGGCUCAGUGUUUGGUCGCAGCACUACGCUCAACAUGCAGACGUCCCAGCUGAGCACUCCUCAGGACACUUCGUGCACACACAUCCUGGUGUUCCCCACUUCUGCCAUGGUGCAGGUCAACACGAACACUACCGAGCCUAUUGAAAUCAACUUCAAUCCCAUCAAUCCAGAUGGAUCUGACGGGAUGGGUAUCUUUGACCUGUUCGACAAUGACAUGGUGGAUCCUGACCUGAUCAACAUCCUGCCCAACUCUCCCACCACUCCCCCUGGACACUCCCCUGGCUCACACUCCCAACACGGGGGAGAUGGCAGCAAGGGUCCUAACACAGAUCGAAUAGAGUCCCAUGAGGAAGCCCUGAACAUCCUACAACAGCCAAUGGCACUGGGAUACUUCAUCUCCACGGCCAAGGCUGGACCUCUCCCCGACUGGUUCUGGUCGGCCUGCCCUCAAGCCCAGAACCAGUGUCCACUCUUCCUCAAGGCGUCCUUGCACCUGCACGUGUCCUCUGUUCAAUCAGAUGAGCUGCUGCACAGUAAACACUCCCACCCCUUGGACUCUAACCACACCUCUGAUGUGCUCAGAUUUGUGCUGGAGCAAUACAACGCCCUCUCCUGGCUGACUUGCGACCCUGCCACCCAGGACCGGCGCUCGUGUCUGCCAGUUCACUUUGUGGUGCUCAACCAGAUGUACAACUUUAUCAUGAACAUGCUCUGAACUCUAAAGGGAUCCGACAACUGAGCUGUAAGCGACCACUCAGUAUAAACAUGGAUUUUAUUUUAUUUUUUUGCUUUAAAAAGGAUCCCCAUGAUUCGAUGGACCGCUUGCUCCAUCAAGGCAGAGAUGGAGCAUGCACCAUGAUGAUGAUGAUAAUGAUGACGACGAUUAUGAUAAUGAUGCACUCCCCCCUCCCAGUUGUAUCACAACACACAACACUUGACUGACUGGAAGCUUCCAAUCAACAUUUAAGUCAAGCAAAUGCCAAGAAUCCAUUUUAACAAUUUUGGAUGAUGAUUUAAAAGACUUUUUAUUCAUAAAGGAAAACAAAUUGUCUUUUUAAUGACUGUAGAUUGCAAUCUAUGAAAUUUUAUCCUAAUGAAAUGCCUGCAAAUAUUAUUUAUUGUAAGUUUUUAAAUGUGGAAUUUUUAAUGCUUAAUAUCUUUUAUAUAUUACAAAAUCCUAGAGGGUGUGUAUAUUGCCAUCUCACUGUAAAGGAAUUGGUUUAAAAAGUGAUGUAAUUUUCUCAAUUACAAUACGGAAAACCCGUUCGAAGUGAAUUUGCUGUAGAUUGCUUCUAGAGUAUUAUUUUUUCAAAGGGUACAGACCUUUUUAUUGCCAUGCUGUAAAAAUGAAGUGGGCUGGCCUGGGCAUUUGUGUCCCACCCAACGAGUGGAUGAGACUUACCUCUCCGUCUGCUUUCGAUGCCAGAGUCUCUCGCACAGUAACUCAAUGAGCUCUGAAGAAGACGAAAUAAAAGGUACAUUGUCAGAUUAUAUAUUUUAUAUAACAGAUUUAGGUAACCGUGUGUGUAUAUGUGUACAUAUAAUUGUGUGCCGCUACUGAUGGUGCAGCUUCUGUUUUAGAAAUAAAGUGCGUCCACC